GUGUUGUUGUAAUAUAUGUAUGUAUAUGUGUAUUUAUGAAUAUUAUAUUACGAAUUUAGUAUCGCAAAGUUAAACAAAUAAUUUAUUCCAUCACAUAAACACACACACAUAGUGACGCCCACGUGAGCGUAAAUUGUAUCUGGUGAUUUUUAUUUACUUCCCAACCUCCAUACAUCCCGAUCCUCCCGUCAUCCAUCUAUCAUCCGAAAAUGGCUCCGGCUCUGAGUAAAUUGGCCAACAAUCAAAGCGCCAUCGUUGGCGUGGCUGGAAUGACGGCUGCCCUUUGGAUAAUUGCCUACGGCAAGUUGUCAAGCAAAAAGAGGAACUCUGGCAUCGAUGAGAAAUUCCAAUAUACAAUUGCCGAAAAGAAGGAGAAGAAAUCAAGUAAAGCGCAUGUCAAUGCAGUAUUCUUUAAACAAUUGCGAAAAUUGUUACCAAUACUUAUACCUGGAUUUUGGAGCGUUGAAACGGGUCUGCUAUUCUUGGUGGCCGCCGCCCUCAUUGGACGAUCGGUUAGCGAUAUUUGGAUGAUACAGAAUGCAACUGUGGUUGAAAGUACUAUUAUUCACAUGAAUCGAACGAAAUUUAAGACGGCAUUACUCAAAUAUCUAACUGCCUUGCCAGCGAUAUCCGUGGUAACCAAUGUCCUUAAAUGGAGUCUUGGUGAGCUGAAGCUACGUUUUCGUACGAAUCUAACUCAUCAUCUAUACAGUCAGUACCUCAAUGGCUAUACCUAUUACAAAAUGUCCAAUUUGGAUAAUAGAAUAGCCAAUGCCGAUCAGUUGCUAACCACAGAUAUUGACAAGUUCUGUGAGAGUGCUACAGAUUUAUAUUCAAAUAUUAGCAAACCGGUGCUAGAUAUAUUUAUAUAUGUUUAUCGAUUGACUGUCAAUCUGGGCGGUAAAACACCCUCGAUCCUAAUGCUAUAUCUGUUAUUCGCUGGCGUCUUCUUAACACGCCUGCGACGACCAACAGGACGAUUGACUGUCGAAGAGCAGAAGCUAGAGGGUGAAUUCCGUUAUGUCAAUAGCAGAUUGAUAACCAAUUCGGAGGAGGUGGCCUUUUAUCAAGGCAAUGUCCGAGAAAAGAUUACCCUGCUAGCCAGCUACUCCAAGUUGCGUUCACAUUUGCGUAAAUUUCUCGAAUUUCGAGUUAGCAUGGGCAUCAUUGACAACAUUAUUGGCAAAUAUUUCGCUUCGAUUGUGGGUUUCUAUGCCGUGUCCAUACCAUUCUUCGCAGAAAAUCAUCCAUUGCUAUCUGGUGAACAGAGUGGACAACGUCUACAAGCUUAUUACACCUAUGGCCGUAUGCUGGUUAAAUUGGCAGAAGCCAUUGGUCGUUUGGUAUUGGCCGGAAGGGAAAUGUCCAGAUUGGCUGGCUUCACUGCCCGUAUGACGGAGCUUAUAAAAGUUCUUGGCGAUCUCAAUAAGGGCACUUACGAACGAACCAUGGUCAAUGGCAAUAGUAUUGCCCAAAACAAUGUUGGUGGUAAUGCCAAUAGCUUUGGACCCAACAAGGGCGACAUGUGCUUUGAGGACAACAUUAUACGUUUCGAGAAGGUGCCUCUUGUAACGCCCAAUGGCGAUGUGCUACUCCAGGAGCUAACCUUUGAAGUAAAAUCCGGAACCAAUGUACUAGUUUGUGGACCAAAUGGUUGUGGCAAAUCUUCGCUAUUCCGCAUUCUUGGUGAACUUUGGCCCACCUGGGGUGGCAAAGUAACAAAGCCAUCGCGAGGCAAACUCUUCUAUAUACCUCAAAGGCCUUACAUGACGUUGGGCAGUUUGCGCGAUCAGAUAAUCUAUCCUCACACGCGAGAGGAUAUGCGUCGUUUGGGUAAAUCUGAUGACGAUCUCAUUCACUAUUUGGAAAUUGUACAACUUACGUAUCUGGAGCAUCGUGAGAAUGGUCUGGAUGCCAUAGAGGACUGGAUUGAUGUACUGUCGGGCGGUGAAAAGCAACGCAUUGCCAUGGCACGACUCUUCUACCAUCGGCCACAAUUUGCCAUUCUGGAUGAGUGCACCAGUGCUGUGUCCGUCGAUGUGGAAGGCAAAAUGUAUAGCUAUUGCCGCGAAGUGGGCAUCACGCUGUUCACUGUCUCCCAUCGUAAGUCCCUUUGGGUACAUCACGAUUACUAUUUGCAAUUCGAUGGCCGUGGCAGCUACGAGUUUGCCGCUAUUGAUCAGGAGAAGGAACACUUUGGCUCGUAAUCAUCAGAGAAUAAUAGAGGUAAAGAGAGAGAGAGAGAGCGCGAGAGAGAGAGAAACAACGCAAACAUUCUUCAAGGAAACUAAUAGUAAACUUUGGUGCUGGCAACUCUUUGACUACGAUGAUGGUUCCUUAUGCUCCGACUAUCUUUCCUGUCACUUUUUAGUUUCGUUUUCUUUUUUUUUUUUUAAUUAUUUACCAGGUGCAUUGUACAUACAGAUACAUCAUUUUAAAUGGACCUUUCUCCCUUUAGUUUUUUCCAAUUCUUUCUAUUCUAAACAUAUUUGUGAUUCGUUUUCCUUAAGAUAUCAUUUUUUUAAUGCGCUAUUAGAACACUGUUAGGCAACAUUGCGAUCAAUUCGGAAGAUAUCUUUAAGCAUAAAGUGAACGAUGAAAGAUAAUGAUAAAUGAUGGAUAAUCAAUUACAUAGCAAACAUUCAUUUUUUUUAGUAAAUUUAUAUGAAAAUAUACAAAA